CAAACUCAUUUUUAUUUUUUCGUUUUGCCAAUUUCACCUUUUUCAAUCCCAGCAGAAAAAUCGGAUUUUGUCCCGAACAUAUAAAUUCCUAAUGUUUAGAUUAAAGACAUCUAGGAAUGGCUAUGGAAUUGAUUUACCAUAAUAUGGAUUAACAUCCUUAUUAUAAUCAAAGAUCUUCCCUUUGACCCAUUUGAAGGUCACUGGACCAACUUUGUGGCUCUUGGAUUCUUUGGAGAGGCUUAGAACCGGCAAUGGUCGGUUCUCGUAGGUCCUCGGGUAACCCCCAUGUACCCCGCGACUUCUACUAGAAGGUCCUUUGGAGAGCUUGGAGAAAGUCCCAAUUGAUGCUUCCAGGCCACUCUUUCGCGUGUGCACCCAAAUCACGAGUGAUUGUUGAUUCGAUUGAAAUACAUCUUAACUACAUUUUCUACAAUGAGGGUUCAUUCAGUUACGCGAAGCUUAUAUAGGGCUCAACGGCGAGCUUUCUCAGCAACGCCGCGUCGGUUAGAGAACUAUGGCUUCAUUGGUCUAGGUCAAAUGGGUUAUCCAAUGGCCAAGAACCUCCAGUCAAAACUCUCACCGAGCGACUCUAUUAAACUAUUCGAUAUCAAUACUGAUGCGGCAAAACGUUUAGUAAGGGAAAUAGAGAUAGCUCAAGUUGGCGGUGCUACUGUUGAACAGGCCCAUGACGCACACGAUGCAGUAAGAGAAGCGGAUAUAGUCAUUACGGUGUUACCUAAACCAUCUCAUGUAAAAGGCGUGUUCCGCCAAAUCCUAUCCUCGGAUUUGCCCAGGAAAGACAGGCUAUAUAUCGAUUGCUCGACGAUAGACCCCUCUUCAUCCCGAGAAGUCGCCAGAUGGGUUGUGGAAGGUAAUCAAGGCCAAUUUGUCGAUGCCCCGAUGUCAGGCGGAGUCGUAGGUGCUACUGCAGGUACACUAACUUUCAUGUUGGGUUCUCCCGAUAGUUUGGUACCAAAACUAGAGCCUCCAUUAUUACGAAUGGGGAAGCGAGUGUUACAUUGCGGCGCUCAAGGCAAUGGGCUUAGCGCCAAGUUGGCCAACAACUACCUUCUCGCGAUAAAUAACAUCGCAACAGCCGAGGCGAUGAACCUUGGUAUCAGAUGGGGACUCGAUCCCAAAACGUUAGCCAAUGUCAUCAAUGUUAGCACUGGUAAAUGCUGGCCGAGUGAAAUCAACAACCCCGUGAAAGGGGUGGUUGAGGGUGCACCGGCUAGCCGUGACUAUUCUGGUGGAUUUGGUAUCAGUCUGAUGAAGAAAGAUCUGGAACUUGCCAUUGUAGCUGCAAAUGAUGCUGAUGCUAAAUUGGAACUUGGCGAUCGAGCGAAAGAGGUCUAUGAAAAGGCAGUACAGACAUCGACAUGUAAAGGGAGAGACUUUUCUGUCAUAUAUAGAUUCCUUGGUGGUAAGGAAUAAAAUUAAUCCAAUUCGAUGAUACCAUCCCAUCUUAUCCGAU